GCUAGGGCGGUGUAAAAGUGGAAAUUUGGGGUUCUGAAAGUCGCUGAAUUGCCUCUAUUCAUCCCCCCUGCCCCCUGAACUCGAACCACUAUCUACCUAAGGUUAGAUAGAAAACUACGAAUCGCAUCAAUUUUUGGAAGGGAUAUCAACCAACUAUCUCAUCAUGACCCCACGUAAACUCAACGUGCUGGUUUACACGGGUGCAGGAUCCACAGUUGAAUCAGUCAAACACGCAAUAUACUCACUACGUCGACUUCUCUCUCCAAAUUACGCAGUAAUUCCCAUUGCCGAGAAUGCGCUAUUAAACGAGCCAUGGGCACCUACUUGCGCGCUCCUGGUAUUUCCAGGUGGUGCUGAUCUCGGGUAUUGCCGCGCACUCAACGGCCAAGGAAACUCGAUUAUAGCUCAGUAUGUACGACGAGGUGGCUCAUACUUGGGCUUUUGCGCUGGCGGCUACUAUGGAUCCAAGAGGUGCGAAUUCGAGGUCGGCAACAAGGCCAUGGAAGUCAUCGGGUCUAGAGAACUGGCAUUCUUCCCUGGCACAUGUAGGGGAGGAGCCUUUAAGGGGUUUCAGUAUCAAAGCGAGAAAGGAGCCCGCGCAAUUCGUGUAAACGUUGUGAAAGACGCAUUCAGGGGCGCAGGGUUAGUCCCCGAAGUCUUCACAUCUUAUUACAAUGGUGGUGGCGUCUUCGUUGACUCCAUAGAUGGAAAUAACGACGUCGAGGUAUUGGCAAGCUACGCAACCGAUAUUGAUGUCGACGGGGGCCGUGAUAAGGCGGCCUUGGUAUACUGCAAGGUUGGCCAAGGUGCUGCCAUCCUCACAGGACCUCAUCCUGAAUUUGCUGCGGCAAAUUUGAGUCCGCAACACAGUGUAGAGGGAUACGACCAGCUAAUCGCUACCCUUCAAGCUGACGACGAUGCGCGGACAAGUUUCCUGAAGGCGUGUUUAGCUAAACUUGGGCUAGAGGUCAGCCAGGAGACAUCAGGUGUGCCGUCCCUAUCCCGAAUUCACUUGUCAUCCAUUUCUGGUAGCGAUGUUGAUGACUUGCUACACACAUGGGAAGAUAUCAUCAGCAAGGAAGAUAACGAGGAAUACAUCAGGGCGGAAAACGACACAUUUCAUUUACAGAAACCCGAGACUAUAUGGUCUGUGACCGGCUUGAAAGAGGCACUAACUCCCGAUGAUAGCCCAGAUCAAAAGUCGUCUAGCUUGAGCGGAGACGGAGCGGGAAUUAUCGACUAUAGUACGAUCGUUAAACAUAUUGUGACACAUCAAGACUCCUGGCCGGAAGCCAAGGCAACGCCCUAUUUCAACCACCACGCUUUUUACUCUAGUCUGCAAGAGUAUCGAAGGACAGAGCCCGAGGCAGAGGAAUGGGGCGACUUUUUCAUGUAUGGAGAAGUCGUCACAAGUACCAACACCCUACUCGAGAAAAACUACAAACUCCUUUCCAAGUUGCCUUCCGGGUUUACCCUCGCCGCCACAACACAGGUGGCCGGACGAGGACGCGGAAACAACGUUUGGGUAUCCCCGGCUGGAUCGUUAAUCAUGUCCACUGUCAUCAACCACCCAGCACACCUCGCGCCAAGCCGGCCAAUCGUAUUUAUCCAGUACCUCGCAGCCAUCGCCAUCGUCGAGGCCGUCAAGUCCUACGAUAAGGGUUACGAAGAGGUGCCCGUGAAACUGAAAUGGCCCAAUGACAUCUACGCGCUCGACCCCAGACAGGGCUCGUCCUCGUCUUCGUCACCAUCGUACGUUAAGAUCGGCGGCAUCCUAUCUAACUGCUCCUACUCCUCGGGAUCGUACCAAAUCGUCCUCGGCAUCGGCAUCAACGCCACCAACCGGCGCCCCACAACCUCUCUCGACGCCCUGCUCCCUCCCCACCUGGCACCGUUCCGGAUCGAGAAGCUCCUGGCGGGGAUAAUAGUCCGUCUCGAAGCUCUGUACAAGGCCUUCGCCGACCGCGGCUUCACGAGGGACAUGGAGGGCGCGUACUAUGCGCACUGGCUGCACGGGCGGCAGAUCGUGAAUCUCGAGGCUCAGGGUGGUGUGAGAGCAAGGAUCGUGGGUAUCACGAGGGACUGGGGCAUGCUGAAGGUGGAGGAGCUGGGGAGUGGCGAUAGGCCGACCGGCAAGAUGUGGGCGCUGCAGAGCGAUGAGAAUAGCUUUGAUUUCUUUAGGGGUCUGGUGAAGAGGAAGAUUUGAGCUCCUUGUCUUCGUGGGAUGCUAGAAUGAGGAGGUGCAAACCCAACUCUUAUGGGAAGGGAGGGGAGAUCUAUUCCGAGGUUCAGAUAUACAGGAAUUCUUUUUUUUUUUCGGAAUUCUUAUAUUCAAGAGAUAUUUAUUUGUUCCCCUUGCGUAGGUGCCUUCCAGGACUUAUGGAACAGACGCUUUCCUGUCUUGGCCGCGCUGUCCCGUCCAGUAGAUAAAAUAUGUCCUUUCCAUUGGGUAUAGACGUUUAUGGGGUAACAUAACAAGCCGUUUCUCGUUGCUCUUCCCCCCCUUUUUUUGUACUGGUGUUAUCCAUGCAAUGAUUAUACUAGUACACGCAGCCUCGCCUCGCCUUGCCUUGCCCCGUGUCUAGUGUUCUCAAAGACCGGGAAACAGCCUAAACCAUGAAA